UUUGAUCUGUUGUCAAUAUGAGUUGUCUUGUUGAAUUCUGUCAAAUUUUCUCAGAGUAAAACCGUUGAAAGUCAAGACGAAGCAUGUCUCAAGCAGUUUUAGCCGCUUGCUCAAAAUUGUUUCUGGUUAGUGGAUUCAACCGUGGAUCCUUGCACAACAUGGCAACUUUUCCCUUCCAUCAUGUCCCCAUCGUCAUUGAGCAAUCUGGAAAGGGCGAACGAGCCUUUGACAUUUAUUCGCGUCUCCUGAAGGAGCGAAUUAUUUGCCUGAUGGGCCCCAUAAACGACGUCACUAGCUCCAUCGCCAUAGCUCAGCUGCUCUAUCUGCAGUCUGAAUCUACCUCUAAACCAAUUCACAUGUACAUAAAUUCACCUGGUGGAGUAAUAACUUCGGGUCUAGGAAUUUACGAUACGAUGCAAUACAUCAUGCCUCCGAUAUCCACAUGGUGUGUUGGUCAAUGCUGUAGCAUGGCGUCUUUACUAUUAGCAGCCGGCACAAAAGGUAUGAGAAAUUCGCUGCCCAAUGCCCGGAUUAUGAUUCAUCAGCCUUCGGGUGGCGUAACGGGACAAGCCACAGACAUCAAAAUCCAAGCCGAAGAGAUACUCAAGCUAAAGCAGCAAAUCAAUCAACUGUAUGAAAAGCACACCAGCAUGCCUUUAGAGAAGGUGGAGAUCAGUCUGGAGCGGGACACUUUUAUGACUCCGAAGGAGGCAAUGGAGUUCGGUUUAAUUGAUCACGUACUUUCACGACCUCCAAAAAGUGAACAGACAACACCCUUAAUUAAUAUUUCGAAAGUCACUCCAGUAAAGAAGGUUGGCGGUGGUGUUCGAGCAUCUACUGUUGAUUUAAGUCCCAACGCAAAAUAAAUGUUAACUUUUCUCGAUUAAAACAAAACUUCAAAUCAGC